CGGCCCCUCCCGGCUCUCCAGCGCAGCCCUGGCCGCAGGCCCCAGCAGGCCCCAGCAGGCCCCAGCACCGACCCGUGGGCCCUCCGCUCCCUCCGCUCCCUCGGCUCGCAGCCAUGCGGCAGGACGGGCAGCUGCUGCUAGCCGUGUGCGGCCUGCUUUGGAGCACCACCACCGGGGGCCCUCCUGCAGAGUUUUGUUCCCAGAUCCUUAGCUCUGAUGUGAAGCCAGGAUUUCCCAAAACAAUAAACCCUCAUGAUCCCGGAGUCCUCCAAGCAGCCAGACACAGCGUUGAAAGGUUCAACAACUGUACAAAUGACAUCUUCUUGUUCAAGGAGUCCCACAUCAGCAGGGCCCUGGUCCAGAUCGUGAAGGGCCUGAGGUACAUGCUGGACAUGAAGAUUGGCAGAACUUCUUGCAAGAAGACCCAGCACCCUAGUCUAGACAACUGUGACUUCCAGACCAACCAAACUUUAAAACAGGUAAAGCAAAGGGGUCUCACCUCCCUACACCCACUCCCCAGGGCUUUAGGAGACAUCCCGUUAUCACCUCCCUGCCUGCAAGGUUCCAGGUCUCACCGACAGCAUCCGUGCAGUACCCACGGACCAGGGGCACACCCCACAUGCUGGGAUGGGGCAGGGGACGUUAGAACAAAAACAGCUUCCAGAGAGUUCACAAGCUACAGACACACUCAGGGAGAGAGCAAUGCGACAAAGCUUAGUUUGCAAAUGAAAGUGAAAAGCAUAUAUUCCCAGAUCUCUCUCUCUCAACUUCUCUAUAGAGGUGAAAUUUUCCAAAAUACCAACUUGGGGUGGGAGGGCCAUCAUCAGGAAGAGGUGCAUGCACACAGGCCCCAGCAGCGGCUCAGGGGACUCAGCCCCUGCAGAGCGGGGCAGGAGGGCCCCAGCAACAGAAGAGUCUUAGCGUGCCCCUCUUUGUUUCAGACUUUCAGUUGCUACACUGAAGUGUGGGUCAUCCCCUGGCUCCAGAGGUUCGAGGUGCCCCUGCUCCACUGUCACUGACUCCUGCCUCUCAGCCAGGGGCACCUGUGCUCUGGACCAUGCUCCGUCAUAGCUCCGCCCUGGCUGUCACAGGCCCUCGGACUUUCUGGAAGUGGUAUCUCCCCAGGGAGCAGAAUGGAAGUGCCCAUGGAUACACUGCAGAACAGCUGGGGUGGAAGACCGACACUGCCUGGGAUUAUGUUAUGUAUUUCACAUUUUCUUCUAAAUCUAAUUUCACUAAUGCUCUGAUGGGAAUUUAUCAGAUUCCGGACCCCUGAGGGAGGCGUUUUCCUGUGCCCUCCCACCUGACUACCCGGUGGUCCCACAUACAGCAGUGAAAGCCCAGAGAUCUACAGCACUGGGCACGGGGAUCAGGUCAGCUGUUAUGCAUCUGGACUUUUGAGGAUGAAUAAAAUUAUGAAUAAAUAUGAAGAACUGACCAAUCUCAAAGCAACAGCUAUUGCUUUUGCCUGUUAAAGGGACAGUCGGGAAGGCAAGGUGAGUGUUGUGAGGGAUCCCCCUCACUGAGUGGUCUAAUGACUCCCAUAAAGCCCCUUGGAGGCUUUUCCAGCCUUUCACUGCUAGCUAAAAGAUACUAAAGACAGAACAGCCAGAAAUAGGCCAGCCUGUGUUCACAUCAUGAACUGGUGGGGCAGGGAGCACCCCACCCAGAAGGCACUCACCUCCAGCUAGGCUUUCUUCUCACCAGGAGCCAUACACCCAAGUUCUCUCCACUGCCUUUGAGGCUCAGCACGUGCAGAGAUGUCCCCAGGCAGAUGGGGUAAAGCAGAGUGCUAGGACCCCCCACACACACACAGCCCCUCAGGAAGGAGGGGCCCAGGUUUCAGGUGUACGUGCCGUGCCUGGGAAGAGGACGAGGAGACUACUGUGGGCUGGCAGGCACUAGCAUCCUUGUAAAAGACAGCGCUCGAGCUGGUAUUGUUAACAGUGCAAGGCUGGGCCACGGACAUGCCCAGGAACCUACAGACAGAGAUGGGCUUCACUCAGAGAAGACACUCGGCCUGCUACUGCUCCAGUAGGCCUGGGUUUGAAUGCGGAGCCUCUCACUUUGGACUUCUUCCUCUCCAGGCCUCUUCAAACUAUAGAUUAGUACAAAAUCCACUGUUACCUUUUAAAAAUGUAUGGACUUGGGGCACCUGGGUGGCUCAGUCGGUUAAGCCUCUGACUCUUGAUUUCGGCUCAGGUCAUGAUCUUAGGGUCGUGAGAUGGAGCCCAGCUCCACACUCAGCAGGGACUCUGCUUCAGAUUCUCUCUCUCCCUUUCUCCCUCCUCCCUUCCUCUUUCUGUCUCUCUAAAAUAAAUAAGUCUUUAAAAAAUAUGGUCUUGAUAAUUCAUAGGAAACAAAAUCAGUAUUAAUAUGUAUAACAAUUUAGUAUGCAGUUGUAAACUUGAUCAGUAUGUACAAGCCAAAAUGAAUUACCCUUUGGCUUCCUUCAGGGAAGAGAGAGCUUUAAUUCCAAAUAUAUUCAUUCAUUUUUGCUGGCUCGAAAAAUUUCCUCGUCAUUUAAUUCAGGGACAUUGGUGACAACUAUGCCAACUAGGCCACAAGAACUUUAUUUGAUGAUUCUAAAGGCCAUCCUUUCAUUACGAUAAAUGAGUUCACCCAGCACUGUUGAUCCCAUACACACAUACACAAGGUGACAGGAGCACCAGGAGUUAGAGCUUCAGAGUCAGAUGGGCCUGGGACACAGCUGAAGAGGCAAGACUAUGCAGCCAAUGAAGGUUGGAACCCAUGCUAACUCCCAGUCAGUGCUCAUUAACAUUUCAAUACAGCCCAGAGCACAGGAAGGCCAGGCCUCUCCUUAAAACUUACUUAGGCCUCCAGGCCUGUGAGGCCCAUUUGGCCUCACCUGGCCUCAAGGUCAGAAAUGAGAAUGCACACACAGGUGUGGGGGAGGGUAGCCUCACCGCAUUUCUGCUCUGAGCUGAGUUGCAUAUGAACUCCCCCUUUGCCCAGCCAGGAGCUAGGGCUGACCUUCCCUCUGGGGACAGAGAGGGAAACCUCAAUAUGAAUCUCAAAACUCUCAGUUUUCAACCGUAAAUUAUGCCCACAAUAUUCAAAACAUCAUUUGGGGUCAGGUAUCUAAAAUCUCUUCCUAUAAAGUAAACAGAAAUCUUAGAACUAAGGCUAACCAGCUACUGCAGAAGCCAGUUGACCAUGUGUCCCCCAAUCUCAGGCUUCUGCAAACCUUCUGCAAAUCUUCUCUACAUGGGGGCCUCGGGCCCUGAACUCUACUUUAAAAUACAUCAGCUGCUUUAUUAUUCCCUAUCUGCUUUAUGUACUAUACCUCACAGAUGACAAUGCUGGACUUUAAAUAACUCUUAUACCAACCAGUGACACCAGAAGGAAAGGAGCUGAGCCAGUGAGCAAGGGUGGGGCUACUCUGAUUUGUGGAAGCCAACAGCUGAUGUGCCCUGUCCUCCACCGAGACACAUCUACCAACCACACUACCACAGACGUUUUGCUACAGCUUCCUAUAGAGCAGGUCCUGUGGGCACGCUGCUUGUUCUAUCUAUGUUAACUUUGCUCCCCAUGAAAGACUGCUCUCCAGACUGAGCACACCAAAAUCCAAUCUGGGAAGAGACUGGCCAGAGAGCCACCUUGUAGGAUUCAAACAGAUGAAACAAAAUGCCCACAUGGUGAUGGUAUAACUUACCUAGGUAGCAGAUAUCAACCAGUGACAUGAAGUCUAGCAUUGCCAACCCAAUUUUACCUAUUUUAAACUUAGAGCUUCACCCGGACUCAGAGGGAAAGACUCUGACCCAGAGGGAAGCUGUGACAUCACCUAAUGUUAGUCUCACUGAGAAAAUGUAAAAGUUAAGUACCCAGGAUUCUAAGACCUACCAGAAUCAGGACUGAAGAGAAAAAAUAAUAAAGGUCUCAAAAACUGAGCAAAACCAGUCAAAAUUCUAACAGUCUUGCCCAGAGUGUUCUAGAGCUUUCCCUGGCCAUGUCCCAUACCUCCUCAGUAGCUAUACACAGACCCUCAGGGAUUCAGCUCUACUGGCCCUCCUCCAGGUAUCCACCCAGCUUAGCCCCUCUUUAGGGUACAAGUGGGCCCCAACAGUGAUGAGUGCCCCACCACUGCCACAGGGACCGCUUGUGAAGCUUAAAACCACAAUGAUGCCAGGCCACUCCAGAAGACUGGGAACCCCAGAGGACUUUUUUUUUUUUUUAAGAUUUUAUUUAUUUAUUCAUGAGAGACACAGAUUGUGAGGCAGAGACAUAGGCAGAGGGAGAAGCAGGCUCCCUGCAGGGAGCCCAAUGCAGGACUCAAUCCCAGGACCCAAGGAUUGUGCCCUGAGCCGAAUGCAGAGCUCAACUGCUAGCCAGCCAGGUGUCCCACUCCAGGGGACUUGGAUGUGUAGCCAAGGUCCAACCCCUGGGCUGGGCAGUGAUCAUCACAGAGCCGGGUCCUGGGAACACCACCCUGCCUCAUCUCCCAGCUUCCCCAGCAGAUUCUGAAGUCAGAGUAUGGGUCCUGACUCAGCAGUGUGCUGGCACUGUGUGCCCAGGGAGUCUGGGCAAGUCACCCUCACCCCCAGCCUCAGUUCCCCCCUGUAAAACAAGUUUAUCUCCUCCCAUCAGUAAGAGGUCAGUGUCUGUGAAAACACUUUCUAAACUACAGACCACUCUGCUAAUGUAUGUU